UAAGGGGAUGUGUGAUUGGUUGCUGUUGGCCAGACAGAGGCUGAGUCACCGAAACGGUUCGAGUGGGACCGGGACCGGGGGCCAUGACCUACAUCCAAAACUGGGAGGAGUUUGUGAAAGCGGCCGAGAAGCUGUGCCUCACCGAACCCAUGAAGGUUCGUGUGGUCAUUAAGUAUCGGCACUGUGCUGGGUUUCUCUCUAUGAAAGUGACUGAUGAUGUUGUGUGUUUGCAAUACAAGACAGACCAAGCUCAGGAUGUGAAGAAGUUCGAGAAGUUCCAGAACCAGUUGAUGCGUCUCAUGGUUUCCCGAGAAUCUCGCAGCAACCUGAUGGAGAUGGACUAAGGAGCAGCGUUUGCUGCUGAACCCAUCAAUGGAAGAGCUAAAGAAUAUUUAUAUGCAUAGAACUAAGGCUGAAAGACUGAGACAGGUUUUGGAGGGGAAUGUGAGUGUCUUUGAGGAUAGAGUCUGAAGAUGGAGACUUGGAGAUGAAGAUUACCCGAGGAGGCUGCAAUGAGAGUGUGUUUAUUGCAGCUGGAUAGGACAGGGAUGGUACAGGUGGCAAAGCUGAUGUCCCUGUGAAUUCUGGUCAUGUUUGUGUUACUGCAUCUACAGUCAAGGUAAACUCUUUUUCAUUUGCAUAAUCCUCAUGAAGAUUCAUGAGAGAAGCUAUCAAUUAGCUACAGAGUCGUUUGCUAAAAUAAAUGGUCCUUGGCUGAA